AUGGGCUGUUUGCCCUUGCUCCCGAAUAUGCCAGUGAUGGUAUGCAAAAACUUUGAUGUCUCAAAUGGCAUUGUAAAUGGAAGUGAUGGUGUGGUGGAAUCCCUCCGUUACAUUACUGAUGAUAUGGGAAGACGCUCUGCAACCAGCUGUGUAGUUACUAUUCCAGACUCCAGCGAUGUUCCUUUCACAAAUUUACCUCCACAUCAAAGUGUCAUCCUUCCCAAAUCCAUUCCAAUCAAAAUCAAACACCGCUUUACAGGGCAAACAAUCUCUGUGAAAUGCACACAACUCCCACUGUUGCCAGCUUUCUGCAUAACUGAUUACAAGUCGCAAGGCCGAACGCUGCCAAAAGUGAUUGUUGAUCUGGAAAGUGCUUGA